AUGGCCGAUGCCAUCGUUGAAAGUCGAUAUCUGUCGGCAGGAGCAAACCGGUACACUGCCGCCGCAGACUGGGGUGAAAAUGGAUUCGUCGCAUUUGGUUCUGACGCAAACGUUUGCCUUUGGGAUCCAACGGUUUCAACAGGCAUCUCACAUAUCAUAAGCGGGCACACGGCUCAUGUACGUGCUGUGAAGUUCCUGCCUCAAAAUGCAGAUGACAGAGCAGACCAAGGAGGCAAGAAGAUCGCUCACUUGGUGACGGGCGGGGACGACAAACAACUCCGGCUCUGGGCCAUCGAUUUGGAAACCCGCACUGCUUUAUGCACGCAGAUGGUCCAGGAACACACUGAGCCUAUCAACUGCAUCGCCUCCCUCAAGUCAGCUGCGUUUGCGGAGACAGGAUCUGGGAGGUGCCUCUUCGUCACAGGGGGUGCCGAUGCAACCGUCAGGGUGUGGGCUUUGGAGGCUGCCGGUCAAAUGACCUUGCUGCAGACGAUCAAGACGACGAGAAAAUACAUGCCCCUGGCCGUGGCGUUGAGCGAGCUCAAAGGGGGGAGUGAUGGGAACGGUCUCGUACUAGCUGUUGCUGGGACGACCAAUACCAUCCAAAUAUUCACGGCGGCCAUGCCAGGAGGUGGUGACUCAGGGGCUACUAUCGACUUCACUCUGCAAGCGACGCUUCCUGGCCACGAAAACUGGGUUCGUUCGCUUGACUUCACUCGCGAGAAGCUGGAGCCGGGCAGUGACCUUCUUCUGGCUUCAGCCAGCCAGGACAAGUAUAUCCGGAUCUGGCGCAUUCACCAUGGCAAUGCCCUGUCUGCCCUGAACGCCGCGGGGCUCGACAUGUCCGCCGAUUCUCUGACACCGGGGAACAAGAUCCACAAACUCACUGUUGGGACAGGCGAUGGCGCUGCUAAGUACUGUAUCAUGUUCGAGGCGCUCCUGCUCGGCCACGAAGACUGGAUCUAUAGCGCCCGUUGGUCUCGAGCAGCUAGCGAUGGUCGGUUACAGCUGUUAUCAGCCUCGGCCGAUAACUCGUUAUCACUUUGGGAAUCCGACGCUGAGUCUGGCAUUUGGAUCACCGGUGCCCGACUAGGAGAGAUCAGCCGCGAAAAGGGGGCUACUACGGCUACAGGGAGCAUCGGCGGUUUCUGGACCGGCUUGUGGUCGCCUUUAGGGGAAACUGUCAUCACUCUAGGCCGCACCGGUAGCUGGAGACGCUGGGACUACGGAACAGCUGAAGAUACAUGGAAGCAGAACUUUGCCAUUUCUGGCCACACCCGCGCCGUGACGGGGAUAUCGUGGUCCAGGGACGGCCUCUACCUGCUCUCUACCAGCUCCGAUCAAACCACGCGGCUACACGCCGAGUGGGCUCUGGGCGCCGCCCACUCCUGGCACGAGAUGUCUCGCCCCCAAAUCCACGGCUACGACCUCAACUGUAUCUCGGUCCUUGGCCCGUCAUCCUUCGUGUCCGGCGCCGACGAGAAACUCAUGCGUGUCUUCACCGAGCCCAAAGCCAUUGCCCGCAUGCUGAGCCGCCUAACAAACUCUGCGCCCCUAACCCCAGAAACCGAAGCCGCACUCCCCGACGCAGCCAACAUGCCCGUGCUCGGCCUCUCCAACAAAGCCAUCGACACCAUCCCCGACGACGCCGACCUGUCUGCCCUCGCUCCUGAUUUCUCCAACCCAAUAGGAGCAGACCGCACCGCACCAGACCCGGCCACUUUCGUCCGCACCUCUGCUCUCGCCAACGACCACCCGCCCUUUGAAGAGUCCCUGUCUCGCCACACCCUCUGGCCCGAGAUAGAAAAGCUGUACGGACACGGCUACGAGAUCUCGUGCUUGGCCGCCAGCCAUGACGGUCGGCUUGUCGCUAGCGCGUGCAAGGCUAGCUCGCUUAACCACGCCGUCGUGCGGUUGUUUGAGACACGCCGGUGGACCGAGAUCCGGCCGCCGUUGCAGGCGCACACGCUGACCGUGGCGCGGCUUCGGUUCUCCGCGGAUGAUAGCUACCUGGUGAGCGUGGGACGGGAUCGAGGGUGGGCAGUCUGGGGGAGAAAAACGGGGAAGACGGCUAGUGAAGGUGGACAGGAAGGGGAAGAGGACGGGUAUGAACUAGUACAGGCUAACCCGAAGGGCCACACUCGGAUGAUUCUGGAUGCGGCUUGGGCCCCAGCCGUUAAGCUAGGGCAGGACAGCCAAGAAACCGUUCGAAUCUUUGCUACAGCGGGCCGAGACAAACUCGUCAAGAUCUGGCUCCGGAAGCCCGGCGACGGGUCCCAAUUUGAGCUAGCUAAGGCAAUCCCCAGAGAUCAUCCGGUCACGGCACUUGACUUCAUUCCUGAGACGGAAGACGGGCAGCCUCUCCAACUAGCGGUAGGGACGGAGGCGGGCAAAGUCUCGAUUUUCGCGCUGGCGGUCAAGCUUGACGGGUCUAGUGGAGAAGUGAGUGUGGAGGUUGUCUCGACGCUAGAGGUGCCAAACGAGCUGUCUUUGCCAAAAGCGGUGACACAGCUGGCCUGGCGGCCGGUACGGGAGGAGAGCAAAAGUACAGAAGAGUUGGCUAUUGCAGGCGAAGAUGGGUCGUUGAGGAUCUACGCUUUUAAGUCGUUGCGAGGAGGGUAG